AUGAUUUCCAUCACCAUGGAUUCCAAGGUUGCAUUCUUGGAAUCUGUUCAACAAUACCUACUUGGGCACGAUUCAAGAAAUGUCAUGGACGUUUUAGAACCUAAAAGCCACCAAUCUACAUCUCAUGAUCCAUUUUCAAACCCUACAUGUGAUGGUGAUUCGGAGAACAUUGUUUUAUGUAGGGAGCAUGCAUUGACUAUGGUGGAGCGUGAAGUACACGCGCCACCAACAUGGAAGCACUGCAGAGGCGUGAGGCGUAGGCCGUGGGGAAAGUUUGCGGCGGAGAUAAGGGAUCCAAAGAAGAAUGGAGCUAGGGUUUGGCUUGGAACUUAUGAAACCGAAGAAGCAGCAGCUUUGGCUUAUGAUAAAGCCGCUUUCAAGAUGCGUGGUCAAAAAGCUAAGCUUAACUUUCCUCAUCUUAUUGGCUCGGAUAAUAAAUUGUUAGAGCCAAUGAAAGUGACAACUUCUAAGCGGAGGUUGUCAAAAAUUUCUCCACCUUCAUCGCCAUCUUCAGAAGAUAGUUUAGAGUCACAGGGAAUAAAGAGGAGGAAGGGCUUAGUUGAUUUACUGAAUAAGUUAGCUAAGAAUCUAAGCCAAGCCAAGGUGGUUGAAGUGGGGUUAGAGGAAAGUUGCAGAUCAUUUGUUGAAUGA